AGGAGUCGCUAUAAAAGCAGGAAGCGGUGGGUGGCUGGGCAUUCCCGGAGCAGGAGCUGGUACGGUAUUAUCUGCUUUCCUUCAGAGACACCGAGACCUACACCACCGUCAGCGGCCCGCCAGAAAUCGAGCAAACAUGCAGAUCUUUGUGAAAACCCUGACUGGCAAGACCAUAACACUUGAGGUUGAGCCCAGUGACACCAUUGAAAAUGUCAAAGCCAAGAUUCAGGAUAAAGAAGGCAUCCCACCUGACCAGCAGCGUUUGAUCUUUGCUGGCAAGCAAUUGGAGGAAGGACGUACACUGUCUGAUUACAACAUCCAGAAAGAGUCCACUCUGCAUUUGGUGUUGCGUCUGAGAGGUGGCAUGCAGAUCUUUGUGAAAACCUUGACUGGCAAGACCAUCACCCUAGAAGUUGAACCCAGUGACACCAUUGAAAAUGUCAAAGCCAAGAUUCAGGAUAAAGAAGGCAUCCCACCUGACCAGCAACGUUUGAUCUUUGCUGGCAAGCAGUUGGAAGAUGGCCGCACCCUAUCUGAUUACAACAUCCAGAAGGAAUCCACUUUACAUCUGGUAUUGCGUCUGAGAGGUGGCAUGCAGAUCUUUGUGAAGACUCUAACUGGCAAGACCAUCACCUUGGAAGUUGAACCCAGUGACACCAUUGAAAAUGUCAAGGCCAAGAUUCAAGACAAAGAAGGAAUCCCACCUGAUCAACAACGCUUGAUUUUUGCAGGCAAACAACUGGAAGAUGGUCGCACACUGUCAGACUACAACAUCCAGAAAGAGUCCACACUGCACUUGGUGCUGCGUCUGAGGGGGGGCACUUGUUAAACCACUGUACCUUUUUUGUUUCAUUUGAGGGUAGUUGUCUUGCCUCUAGCAUAAAAGUUCAUUAAAGUGUUCCCAUGUCAUUCAAAAUAAAAUUGUUGCAAGCUUA